AUGGUUCAGCUGAUGAAGAAUUCUGGGAAGGCCGAAACGGUUUCGUGCGGCGACGCCAAGAACAAAAGCCCCGUGAAGUUGGAGAUCGUGGAGGACCCACUGGAAGAAGAGCAUGGUCCCCUCAACAAGCGAUGCAAACCCUCGCCUCAGCAAUGGAGUGCUUCCAGUGAUGCUUCUGUCAGUUCUCCUUCCAAUCUGAAUAUUCUCGACGAGCCAAGCCCUUUGGGUUUGCGCCUGAGGAAGAGCCCUUCCCUGUUGGAUUUGAUUCAGAUGAAACUUUCUCAGGGAACUGAGCAGCAAAACGAAAAUUUAAGCUCUGGAGUCAAAAGGGAGAGCAGAGCUGCUACUGCUGCAGCUGACAAGCUUAAAGCUUCAAAUUUUCCGGCUUCGCUUCUGAGGAUUGGUUCGUGGGAGUAUAAAUCGAGAUAUGAGGGUGACUUGGUGGCAAAGUGUUACUUUGCUAAACAUAAGCUUGUCUGGGAAGUUCUUGAAGGUGGUCUAAAAAGUAAAAUAGAAAUUCAAUGGUCAGAUAUCAUGGCACUUAAAGCACAUUGUCCUGAUAAUGGGCCUAGCACAUUGACUGUUGUGCUUGCUAGACAGCCUCUUUACUUCAGGGAAACUAAUCCCCAGCCUAGAAAGCAUACACUAUGGCAGGCAACAGCAGAUUUUACUGAUGGACAAUCAAGCAAACAUAGGCUGCACUUUUUGCAAUGCCCACAAGGGCUGCUGGCCAAACAUUUUGAAAAGCUUACCCAGUGUGACAUGCGCCUUAAUUUCUUAAGCCAACAGCCAGAGAUAAUUUUGGAUUCACCACAUUUUGACCCACAACCUCAUGCUUUUGAGGACCCAGACAAUUCAAAAGAUCGUGAUCAGCUUCAAGUCAGUGGGAAAGGAUCCACCACGUCUUGCUUUCAAGACAGUGGAUCCCCUCAGGCAUCCCUGUCAUCAUCAUUUAAGAUUGAACACAACGAUCCACCUGGAAUCAUCUUGGAUAGUCUCCCCCAAGAUGCACCGUCGCCCAGUUCAGUCAUGGACUGUAGUUCAAUCGAAGGGAGUACAAGCUCUGAAGCCGAUUCAAAGGGCCGAAGAAAUGGGGAUCAGAUAAACCUUCCUGGACUUCGACCUUCUAUGUCAGUUAGUGAUUUUAUUGGCCAGAUUGAACUUUGUCUGUCAGAGCAAAUAACCUCUGGGAAUCCACCGUUCUCUGAUGGAGGAACAGAGUACAAGGAGAUCCUGGAAGACAUUGCACAACAUCUUCUUAAUGACAAUCAGGUUGCAGCAACUUCUGAUGAAAAAUCACUCAUGUCAAGGGUCAAUUCUCUCUGCUGUCUUCUGCAGAAGGAUCCUGUAACAGUGCACAAUUCUCAUUUUGCUGAAGAUAGUACAGUUGAAAGACCUGAUGAAGGAAAAGAUGUCAAGCCUGCCGAGGAGGAAUUAAAGGAUGUUUCUGGUGGCAAACAAGCACUUGGCAUGUCUAGGAAGGACUCGUUUAGUGAUUUGCUUCUCCACCUUCCUAGAAUCGCAUCUCUUCCAAAGUUCUUGUUUAACAUAUCAGAAGAGGAUGGUGACAGUCAUGCCAGAUAG